UUCCAGGGUCCACUUAUGCUUGAACUACUUUUCAUUUCUGUUGUACUAGGAUGCUCUCACACAAAGACGACCCACCCACCUCCAUUCCCUCACCACCACCCAUCUGACGGCUCAUUGGCUGCCUGCGCAAUUUCCCCUCCGAAGGCACUGGAUCCAGUUUCUAGCCUGGAGCUGAAAGAAACAUUUCUCACAGUCAGGAUCUGGACGCAGACUUCCAAGGUCUGGAUCACAAUGUCGUCAUUCCACAUCUACUUCUUUAUCAUCUUCUUAAUGCUUGUUGGUGUGUCCUAUCAUAUUGAGGAUAAUCAGAUUCCCAGCCUAUGCUCUGGCCAGCCGGGUAUGCCAGGAUCCCCUGGCAUACAUGGAAGUCCAGGUUUACCAGGCAGGGAUGGAAGAGAUGGCCGUGAUGCUGCCCCGGGAGAAAAAGGAGAAAAAGGGCAGACUGGAGAACCUGGAAUGUCAGGUGAGAGAGGAGACCGUGGUGACCAAGGUUUGCCCGGAGAAAAGGGCGUGAAAGGAGAAGCUGGUGAAUGUGCUGUCGCUCCAAAGUCCGCCUUCAGUGCCAAGCUCUCAGAAAACCGGAGUCUGCCUCCCAGUGCAAAUGAAGCUGUGCGCUUUGAUGUAGUCCUGCUCAAUGAGCAGGGGCACUAUGAUGCUGAAACAGGCCGCUUUACUUGCAGGGUGCCAGGUGUCUACUACUUUGCUAUCCAUGCCACUGUGUAUCGUGCCAGCCUGCAGUUUGAUAUCCUGAAGAACAGUCAGAUAGUGGCCUCCUACUUCCAGUUCUAUGGCAAUUGGCCCAAGCCAAGCUCCCUCAGCGGAGGCUCCCUGUUGCAUCUGGUUCCGGGGGACCAGGUUUGGGUUCAAGUGGGUCUCUCUGAGUACAGUGGCUUCUACUCCAGCCAAAAGACAGAUAGCACAUUCAGUGGCUUCUUGGUCUAUUCUGACUGGAAGAACUCAGCCGUGUUUGCCUAGAGGAUCCCAGCACUGACCAGCAAAUGCCAGCUAGCCAGAAUGCUCCAGCUCCAGAAAAAGCCUCCCUCAGCAUCAAGCAAAGUAAGACAAAACUAAGCACAAGGCCAUGGACAGCCAGACAGCAGACUGUCAGCGACCGUGCAUCUCUCCAGGUGGGAGAUACCAUGGGAGUCCCCUCUUUACCAAGUUAAGAGCAGUGUAACCAAGCUCUGACCAAAUUUUGAUGUUCCCUAUGGCACAGAGUGCUAGAAAAACAAAACAACUAAGUGCCAGCCUUUUAUCCUAAGACUUAGUUUGAAGCCCCAGUGACCCAUUGUGAAAAAAAUAAUGGUGGGACAACCCAGCUUCAUCUAUAAAAGUGGGAGCACCCAGACCUGUCCAGAAAAAUGGAAAUUAAGAAGAAAUUAAGGAUUGGAACCUAACUCCAACUAGAAAAGAUCAUUAAUAGGCAUACCCGGACAAUCUUUACAAAAGAACAUUAGAAGGGAGAACUCCACUGGUAAAAGUAAUCAACACUCUGUCUAGAAAAAGGUUUUCAAGACUUGGAAUCUAUUCCCAUCAAGAAAAUAUAAACAGGAGGCAAAACCUGACCAUAUCUGGAAGAUAUCAUCAGGAUUAACAGCCCGCCUUUAUCUAGGAAAGGCAAUGAAGGAGGAGGAAGCCAGCCUUAUCUGGAAAAAUAUAUAUUGAGGAACUUAUUACCACCUAGAAAAGAUAAUUUAAAAACAGAGGCAGGAGUUGAAUGUAUCAGAAAGAUAAUUAACAAGUGAUAUCCAACCCAAUUUCAAAAUAUUAAAUCGGAAGACAAAUUGAACCACAUCUAGAAAAAAUAAUCAAAAGUUGGACCUACCCCAUCUAGAAAAGACUAUCAAUAGCUAACAAUCAACAUUAUCUAAUAAAGAGAAGAAGACACAACACCAAUUAAAUGUACUAACCAAGAAUUGCAACCUCAAUUAUAAAAGAUCAUUCAUAUAUUGAAUCUACCAAAAUAAAAGAAUAAGUAAACUCAUCUGGAAGAGACAGUUAUAAAGGGCAGCACCACCUUCUCUAGAGGUAAUCAAAAUAGGGGAAACAUCAUCUUGUCUAGUGAAGAUGACAAAGAUAGUAAAAUCUAACCCUAUAUUUAAAAAGCAAUUAGUAGAGGGGGAAAAAGCUAGUCUUAAAAAUAGUCUAGAGGAGAACCCAACUCCUGAAGGAGGCAAUCAAAAAGAAGAAAGACACAUCUCCAUCCUCUGGUAAUAUUAUAAUUGAUGAGGUUUAAUCUACAAAAACUAUCAAGGUCAUUAACCUCCAUACUCUCUAGAUCAGGUAGUCAGGUAUUCAGAAGAGGUAACCCAUUAUCCUUGAUCCAACUGAGAAGAUUUUCUCUGAAAAAAAAGAUGGAAAUUGGAGUGAAUUAUACUCAAGACAUGGAAGCUAACCCAGAAGCCGAUUCUCCUUUUCCUCAUUAAUAAAUUUGGUCAAAAUGAAAGCAGUUCAGCUUCUUGAAACCACAAUCUGAUUUCCCUGUGAUAUGUAGCUACAAUGAUGAGAAAAACGUCUGUGCUAUACACCUGUAAGAAUCAAAGGGCAAACCAUUUGGUCCUGAAGAACUCAGUUUAACCUACAAUAGGCUCCUGAAGUUUGCAGAGCCACAGUGUCCCCUUGAGGUGACUCUGUUUAAUACCUUCUAACCUGCAUCAUUAAAUGUUGGCUGCACAUCUUAAGGACUUGGCCAGUGUUUUAUAGUUGAUAAAUUUACUCAAGGGAAGCUGCUAAUAAAGUAUACAUUGGGUGUCAAGGAAUCUAAAACUCUUUUAUGGUUAUUUUAAUAAGAAGAAUUUCUAACUCAAUCGUGAGGGCUUUACACUAUCAAUCAUAUUUGGUAAGUGCUGAGUGGAGGGGUUUAAUAUGAAAGGUACUGUAUAGUGUAAAAUCAAGUCCGUAAUGGAGUGUAGGUGGGCUGAGUAAUGGAGGGGUGUGUGUAAGUGAUGAGUGCUUUGGAGAUGUCUUUAAUUGUUGUCCUCUGCUACAUUCAGGUGAGGAUUCUGAUGGGCAGAUCUUGUCCAUCUGGUAAUGACCAAUGCCCCCUGCUCUGACUGGCUGUUAAUUAACAGUCUCCUUUAGUCAGCUGAAAUAAAGUCAGAAUGGAAUUAGAAGGUACUUGGACUAAAGCCAUAGCUUAUAGUUUCUGCCUGUUAAUAAGCUAGGUUGAAGACUUUACUAGAUCCUGAAUAUAAGGGUGAUUGUUUCCUUUAGAUGUAUUUCCUUUAGAUUGUGAGAAAGUGUUGGUGUAUAAGUGUGCUCUGUGAUGACCUUGAUUUCUGUCUUGUGCUCAAUGCUGCUGGGAUAGGAAUAACCAUCCAACGCCCUACUGCUCCCUGAUUGAGUGUCAUAAUAGGUAGAUAAACAGGCUGAUAAAGUGGAUUAAGAAAGUAUUCUGAUCCCUUCACUUUAAAUUUAAAUAAAUACAUUUGACAUAUUUUUCCUAUCAGUCUACAAUCAAUAAUCCAUAAUGACAAAUUAACAUUUUCAAAAAAGUUAGCUACUUUAUUCAAAAUCCAAACCUGAAAUCCCUUAUUAUUUAAGUUUUUAGACCCUAUGCUGCUGCUAUUUAAAUUCCUGUUUGCUUGAAUACUCCUUAAGAUGUGUCCAGAGGUUUAUUAGAGUCCACCUGUGGUAAACUGAAUUGAUAGGACAUCAUUUAGAAGGGCACACGUGGACAUGUGUAUAGAAGGUCCCCCAAUUCAUACUACAUGUCAGGACAAAAACCAAGCCAUUAAAUCCAAGGAACUGUCUGUAGACCUCCAUAAUCAUAUUCUGGUGGGAAACAGAUCAGGGCAGGGGGAUAAAGUCUGUUAUUUUCAAACACGCUAGUCCUGAAAGUGGGGGUCUGCUGGAACCUAUCCCAAACAGCAUAGGGCAAAAGGGCAGGGACAUGCCCUGGAAAGGGUGCCAGUCCAUUGCAGGGUGAAAACACGCACACACCCACCACACACUAGGGCCAACUUAGGAUCUCCAAUUUACCUAACCUGCAUGUGUUUGGACUAUAGGAUGAAACCAGAGCAUCCAGGGGAAACCCAUGCCGACAUGGGGAGAACAUGCAAACUCCACAGAGGGAGGAUACUGGAUAUGAACCCUGGUUUCCUUAAUGUGAGGUAGCAGCAUUGACAUCAUGGAGCAAAAGGAGAUGAGACCAUUUAUAAAGCUUUGAGUGUUCCCAGAAACACAGUGACAUCAAUAAUUGUGAAAUGGAAGGUGUUUGGAACUUCCAGGACUCAUCCUAUAGUAGUUGGCCAUCUGGCAAAAUUGAGUAACAAAGUAAGCAGGUCUGGGAAGUGACCAAGAACCCAAUGACCAUUCUAACAGAGCUUCAGAAGUCCUCUGAAGGGAUGGGAGAACCUGCCAGAAAGUCAACCAUCCCAGCAGUACUCCAUCAGUCAGGUGUUUAUGGUAGAGGUGAAUCACUCUUGAGUAAAAGGUUUAUGGUAGUUAAAAGGACUUGGAGAAUAUGAGAACAAAGAUUCUCUGGUUUCAUUAGAUUAAAACUGAACUCUUUGAGCAGAACUCCAGCAACUAUGUCUUAAGAAGUCUGGACACUGCUCAUAAGCAGUCUAAUACCAUUCGCAUGGUGGAGCAUGGUGGUGACAGCACCAUGCAAUGUGGAUGCUUAAUGGCAGGGACAGGGAGAUUGGUCAGAAAUAAGGGAAGGAUGAUUACAGACAAAUACAGAGAGGUCCUUGAAGAAAGCCUACUCCAGAGUUCAUGUCACCUCGGACUGGAGGUCACCUUUCAGCACAACAAAGACCUGAAGCAAGCAGCCAAGACAACAUUGGAGUGGCUUUGGAACAACUAUCUAACCAUACUUGACUAGUCCAGCCAAAACCCACUAGAACAUCUGUGGAGAUACCUGAAAAUGUCUGUCUAAUGGAGCCUGAGAGGAUCUGACAGGAGGAAUGAGAAAAACUGCCCAAAUCCAUACGUGCAAAUCUGGAAGAGACUUACCAAGAAGCAGGAAUUGCUGCCAAAGGAGCAUCUACAAAGUACUGUACUAAGCGUCUGAAUACAUAUAUGAAGGAGAGAUUUCAGUUCUUGAUUUAUCAUAACUUUGAGAUUUUUUUCUGAGAAAAUGUUUCCAUUUUGCCAUUAUGGAUUAUUGAGUGAAGAUUUUUGGGCAAAAAUCUCAAAUGUAUCCCUUUAAAAUUAAACCUAUAACACAACAAAGUA